UAUCACAGCCAUGUUGUCGCUCAUUCUGUAAAGAACAAUGUAUGCUUUCAGGGCAGGACCUACGGGCUGGACACGUAGCUAUAUAUUCCAAAAUGAAAUGAAAGCAAAAGCUGCUGCAUAAAUUACGACCACAUGAACGCACAUGUAUUGAAGAACUACUAUUUCGCAAGGGGAGCUUAUCACCUCUAAAGCAGAACAUGAAACACUUGUAGGAUGCUCUUCAUGUCUCUCAGGGAAGGAACCAUGUUUUGGUCGGUUAUUGUUUUUAGCAGUUUAUCUGUAUCUAAGGCUCUUGGUCAAACAGAGCCAGUUGUGGACUCCUCGUACAUUGCUGCUGUGUAUGAGCACAAUGUCAUCCUGAACCCGGACCCCCGUGUCCCCCUGUCCCGCCCUGCAGCCCUGCAGCACAUGCAACGAAACCUGGAUAUUUACGAGCAGCAGGCUGCCAGAGCCGCUCAGCAGGGAGUCCAAAUCCUGGUGUUUCCAGAAGAUGGUAUUCAGGGUUUCAACUUCAGCCGGUCGUCCAUCUUUAACUACCUGGAAACCAUUCCUGACCCCCAGCAGGAGAGCUGGAACCCCUGCACAGAGCCGGGGAAAUACAACAACACUGAGGUUCUGCAGAGGUUGAGCUGUAUGGCCCGUCGUUACAACCUCUACCUGGUGGCCAACAUGGCCGACCUGCAGCCCUGCCCCCUGAAGACCGACCCCUCCUCCUCUUGUCCCUCUGAUGGACGCUGGCAGUUUAACACCAACGUGGUUUUCAGGUCAGAUGGCCUACUGGUGGGGCGCUACCAUAAGAACAACCUUUACUUUGAGGCGGCUUUUGACACGCCCCCGCAACCUGAGAUCAUAACGUUUGAUACACCUUUUGCUGGGAGGUUUGGUCUCAUCAUCUGUUUUGACAUCCUGUUCUACGAGCCUACAAUUCACCUAGUGACGAAGGGUGUGCGUCAGCUGAUCGUCCUCACAGCCUGGAUGAACCAGCUUCCUCUAUUGGACACAAUCCAGUUCCAGCAUGCGUUGAGUUUAGGUGCCAAUGUCACCCUGCUGGCGGCAAACAUUUGUAACGAUCAAAUGAUCAUGACAGGAAGUGGCAUCUAUACUCCUUUUUCUGUCAAAUCCCAUCACGCUCAGAAAGGAGACCCAGAUGAGGGCAGGCUGCUGGUGGCCAGAGUGCCAGUCUUAGACCCUCUGUGGGCGGGGCAGAGCGUGACAGACGGGUCUACAACUAAAGACUCUGGGUUCUUUCACAAAGAGAGCUGUUUGGAUUUUCCUGCUCCUGAAACCUCUUCUUCAGUUCCUCCUUCCUCCUCUGCCUCUUCCACGUCCACCUUCAUCUCAUCCAUGAUGUACGACCCAUUUACUUUUGUCCUCUUGGAGGAGACAGAGGGCAAAGUACAUGUGUGUAAUGGCACCUUUUGCUGCCACCUGCAGUACCGGCUGAUUCCACAAGGCGACAGUAAAGAGCUCUACGCAUUGGGAGCAUUUGGUGGAACUCACACUGUGAAUGGACGCUACGCUGUGCAGGUGUGUGCUCUCAUCCGCUGUGCAGGGUUGGACACCAGUUCCUGUGGACAGGAAGUAGAAGAAGCUGAGUCUAAAAUGGACUUCCAGUUGGAGGGGAGGUUUGGGUCUAGAUAUGUGUACCCAUCAAUUUUGGCCAGCAUGUUUGUCCUGGAGCAGCCAAAACAUUUUGAAACAGCUCCAGAUGGCACAGUGACCAUGAAACACUCAAACAUGACCGGUGGGCUGGUCACUGCCUGUCUGUACGGACGGAUGUAUCACCUGGACAAUGAAUGAACUGUUUUGGAACCGAUGUAGAGGGGAAACAUAUCAAACACAUUUUAAUACUGAAUCAUAAAAAAAAAUGUCUAACAAACACUUGUUUAGCUUGUGCACAUUUGAUCUUUUGACACACAUUACUGCAUCAGUUUCGGACAUCAAUUUCUGAUGUGGUGGGAUGUAACAUUCAAAAUAAAAAUAUGUACAGUCAGUCCAGAAAUUCCG